AUGACCUCAUCCUCUACUUGUCCUAGAUGUGGUACUCAUGACGAGACUUUUCUCCACUGUGUUCGGGAUUGUAAUUUCUCUAGACCCAUUUGGCAGCACCUCAGAUUUAUAUCUCCGAAAUUCUUCAACUCUACGGAUGUACACGAGUGGCUUAAAUUUGGCUCUUCGGGUUCUCAAAUUUCUGCUUUCUCCGCUGGCGUCUGUUGCCUCGGAUCACCUGUUAGAGCCGGCUUUGGAGGAAUUAUCAGAAAUGACUCAGGCUAUUAUAUGUCAGGUUUCUCAGGUUUCUCAGGUUUCAUUCAGGGAUCCUCAGACAUAUUACACGCAGAGUUACUUGCCAUCUACCAAGGUCUCACUUUGGCAAAAAAUAUGGCUAUUGAUGAGUUGGUUUGCUACUCUGAUUCUCUCCACUGCAUUAACCUCAUAAAAGGUCCCAAUAUAAAUUAUCAUGUUUAUGCCGUGUUGAUUCAAGACAUCAAGGAGUUGAUUUCUCAAAGUAACACUACUAUUUGCCACACUUUCAGAGAGGGAAACAAUUGCGCGGAUUACUUAGCCAAGCUUGGAGCCUCUUCAGAUUCUGAUCUUACGAUUCACGCAUCUCCCCCAGAAGGUCUCUUAGAUAUUCUCCGAAGCGACGCGACUGGAACUUUCUUUCUUAGAGAAUAG